GCUCCUGUACUGUGGGCAGCUCUUGCCGUGGCUUAGGACUGUGGGAGAUUUGAGUUUAGUUUUAUGACCAAACAGCCAGUACUGUGCUGAAGGAGUUCAUGGAGACCACUUGGAACUAUGUCACCAACAUCACCAACCCAAAUCGAGAGGAGAUGCUGCAGAAGGAGCUAGAGAGGUCCCAGUUCAUGAACUACUUUGGCACCCGGGCGCACCUGUUUAAAAUCGCCCAGUUCCAGGACCCAGCUGUGAAGCGCAUGCUGAGUAAGCUGCAGGACAUGGGCAAGGCGGCCUUGCCCCAAGAGGAGCUUCGGGAGUACAACAAGCUUCUGGCCUACAUGGAGACAACAUACAGCCUGGCCCAGGUGUGCUUGGAUGAGGGGCCCUGCAUGCCCCUGGAGCCCGACCUCGAGGAGAUCAUGGCCACCUCCAGGGACCAGAAGGAGCUGCUGUGGGCCUGGGAAGGCUGGCGGGACGCUGUGGGUCGCCAGCUCCGCCCCAUCUUCUGGCACUACGUGCAGCUCAGCAACAAAGCUGCACAGCUCAAUGGGUACAAAGACAUGGGAGCUUUGUGGCGCUCUAAGUACGAGUCAGACACCCUGGAGCAAGACCUGGAGCAGUUAUACCAGGAGCUGCAGCCGCUCUACCUCAACCUGCACGCGUACGUGCGCCGCGCCCUAUACCGCUACUACGGGCCUGAGCUCAUCAACCUGCGGGGGCCCAUCCCUGCCCACCUGCUAGGGAACAUGUGGGCUCAGUCCUGGGACAAGAUCCUAGACCUGGUUCUGCCUUUCCCCAAGAAGCCCCCCAAGGACAUCACGAAGAUCAUGAAAAGCCAGCACUGGAAACCCGAGAAAAUGUUUGAAGAGGCUGACAAGUUGUUGACCUCCUUGGGGCUGUUACCUGCCCCACCUAAUUUCUGGCGAAAGUCAAUGCUGGAGAAGCCGACUGAUGGGCGGGAGGUGGAGUGCCACACCUCUGCAUGGGACUUCUACACGGGCAAUGACUUCAGGAUAAAGAAAUGCACAGAGGUGACCUUAGAAGACCUGCUCUCCAUCUUCCACCAGAUGGGUCACAUCCAGUACUUCAUGCAAUACCAGAACCUCUCUCUAAUCUUCCACGAAGGUGCCAACCCUGCUUUUGAAGAGGCUGUGGGGUCAGUGAUCGCCCUCUCAGCCUCUUCCCAGAAGCACCUGUUCAGCACGGGCCUGAUCAGUCUCCAGCGCCAGGACUCAGAGGAGGAAAUCAACUUCCUGAUGGGCAUCGCCCUGGAGAAGAUCGCCUUCAUCCCCUUCAGCUACCUGGUGGAUGUGUUUCGCUGGAAGGUCUUUGACGGCACCAUCAUAAAGGACAUCUACAACCAGGAGUGGUGGAACCUCAGGCUAAUGCACCAAGGCCUGUGCCCACCUGUGCCCCGGACAGAGGAUGACUUUGACCCAGGUGCCAAGUUCCAUGUUUCUGCCAAUGUGCCCUACAUGCGGUAUUUCCUUAGCUUAGUGCUUCAGUUCCAGUUUCAUGAGGCUCUGUGCAAUGCCUCGGGCCAUGUGGGCCCACUGCACCAGUGUGACAUCUCUAACUCUAAGGUGGCUGGAAAGAUCCUGGGGGGUGCCCUGAAGCUGGGCUCCAGCAAGCCCUGGCCAGAGGUCCUAAAGGAGCUGACCGGGCAGUCCAAUGUGUCCACAAAUGCCCUCAAGGCCUACUUCAAGCCGCUGCUGAACUGGCUGGUGGCUGAAAACGUGCGGCAGGGAGAAAUCCUAGGCUGGCCAGACUUCACCUGUUCCUUUGAAGAAAGAAACACAAACAAAGUGGCACUACUGGGUCUAAAGCUGAAGCCUGGCCAGGUUACAUUUGGACAGUGGGUGUUGCUGGUUCUAAGCUUGGUUAUGCUCUUGGUGGUCCUGGGACUGGCCCACAGGCUGUACUUCCUGGAAAAACAGUCCCUAGACCAGGACAGCAUGAUCCUAAGCACCCUGCCCUACACCUACUUCCUGGGGAUGCCCAUGGAGCCCCGACAGGCGGCCCGAAGACAGUGGAUCCUGCUGGGCCUCUGCUUCAUCCUGAUGCUAUGUGUGAUCAGCCUGACCAUUCGGAUCUUCACGUACCACCACAGGAAGCCACCGUGGAUGAGAACUGAGUGGUUGAGAGAAGAUAACCUCCAAUGAGAAUGCCAGCCUGACCACCCCCCACAGGGGCAGCCAGGACACCUCUGCACUUCCCCAGGAACUGUGGUUCAGCGCAGCAAAUGCACACCCAGCCCAGGACCCCGUGGCCUCCCCAGACUCCAGCAAAAGCCUGACUGAGCCUCCUUGGCCAUCUUCCCUGCACCACCCCACCAUUUAUUUUGCCCAAAUAUUUCCUUCAGUGUCUUCACAUUUCUUCCAAAAUGCCUAUCUGCUUCAGAACUGGAUUGCCCAUCAAUUAAAUCUAGAUAUUCAAAGUGGCCUCAGAAAGUCUUGGUCAGUGACCCUCUA